GACCAGUAUCAGAUGAUCAAAUCCGCUUAGUUUCGUUUUAUCAAGCAUCCACCGACAAUACCUAUCAUGGAAUGAUGAUAUUCACAUUGCACUUGAUAGCAAAAAUCACAAUUUGUUAAUUACGAGUAGAAAAGUAUUCGCGACGUGGAAAGUUUGUCUUGUGGGUCUGUAAUUUGAUGGAAUCACAUUUUCUGUGUACCACACAUGAAACGCGAUGGCGUCAUCAAGAUUAUAUUAUUCCAAAUGGAUCGUAUUUGGUUUGAAAAUCAUUAUCAUAACUUGCUCAUUAGUCAUCUGUCAGGAUACAUUAGUGAGCAUUGAAGAAGUGACGAAGAAUUGCGGAGAUAAUAGUAUUGAUUUAUCAUGCAAUAUCACACGACAAGGAAAUCAAUUGUAUUGGUAUCGUUUAUCAGUGGAACAAAUGGAAAAAAUACCCCAUAAUUCAUUAGAUGAUUUCAUUAAAUACCGAGUAAAGAACACUUUCUAUUCGGAUCAGAAAAAUAAACUGCUACUGUACUAUCUAACAGUGAAUGAUACCGGAAUGUAUUCGUGCUUGGAUUGGUCAAAAGAAACUGGGAUACGGGUGAUUCGCCGCAUUCGAUUACAAGUCAAAUGCAAAGGUGAUGAAAACAAAAAUCAUGUAAAACAGUACGUGGAAAAAAUCCAGGUUGCCUUGGCACCACCUUAUGUAUCGCAGAAGCGUGUUGCAAUGACGGCAUUUGAAGACGAUGUAGACUUAUUCAUUUUCACCAGAGGUCAAGUACCUAUACUUACCUACAUAAGUACGAAAAAAAAACAAAAAACAGAGGUGUUAUACUGUUUUAUAUCACUAUUACGUUUUUAUGGCUGCUAUUAGAAUUUACAUCAAAAUCGUUGUACUUAUUCGAUCAUUAUUAAUGUUUUUAGAGCGGAUGAGUGUGAAAUUUCCGGUUUCGGUACCUAGUCAGAUUCGCCUUUCAAACACACUCGACUACCUGAAAAAUCACAAAGGCUACUGUUUUGCCAGUCCACCAAAUUUUUUUUUCCAAACGGAAAGGAGGCUAUUCUAACGUCGAGACCGGAGGAUGCUCCAACUUGCUCCAACAAUGCUCUAUCCUCUUUAGGAGGUCCUCCUCUUCCUCUGAAAACGGUUGGGCUAGUGAAAUCAGUAUACCUAACCUAAAUUUAAAAUCAUUUUUAUUACCUUAAUCACUUCCUGCUUUCUACAAAACUUGCAAAAGUUUUCAAUCAGUUCUCUUUCUCUCAUUUCCUAUUGCUAAUUUAAUUUUUUCAUGUAUUAUAGUACUUAACUAUUUAUUUAUCUCCAUUGCUCUUAGUGGGUAAUUCUCAAAAAAAGGUAAAAUUCGUGUCCACAGCAAAUUUCUCAAUGGUUUUAGCAUAUUUUUUUUUCUAUUUUUUUUGGUCCAUACAAGCAUCACCUCCCUCACAUUUUACACUUGAUAUUGCGCUGUUCAGCCCCCCUUUCAUUGGUGUAGGCCUACAUUCGAUUUUAUAACCCAAAUGUCCUUCGACUUGCCUAUCUCACACCAUGUUUUUGAAAAUAAAAUGUUGUAAAGUGUACACUGUACUUAAUGAAAUCCCUUCUUUUUUUUUGGAAAAAUUGACACAUUCUCAUUAUCAUAGAACACGAAGG